UUCUAUGAUGUAAGCAACAAAUAAAAUGGCAGCACUCCGCAAGAUUUCUUGUUUCAAUUUAUUUAGAAAACGUAUUUUAAAGAUAAAACCAUGUAUACAGAAUCAGACAAGGGCAUCCUCAUAUUUUCCUAUCGAUGACAAUAUGUAUGGACUGACAGAUGAACAGAAACAGCUACGAGAAGCAGUUUUCCAGUUUGCACAGAAAGAGUUGGCACCAAAAGCAGAUGAAAUUGAUAAGACAAAUUCAUUUCCAGAAAUCAGGGAAUUCUGGAAGAAAUGUGGUGAACUUGGUCUGCAUGGCAUCACAGCCCCAGCUAAAUAUGGUGGAGCAGAGAUGGGUUAUGUUGAGCAUUGUUUGGUAAUGGAGGAGAUGUCACGUGCGUCAGCUAGCAUCGCCCUCAGUUAUGGAGCCCAUUCUAAUCUGUGCCUUAAUCAGAUAGUCAGAAAUGGAAAUGAUGAACAAAAAGAAAAAUAUUUACCUGAUUUGAUAGCAGGAAACAUUAUAGGAGCACUAGCUAUGAGUGAGCCGAAUGCUGGAUCAGAUGUAGUAUCCAUGAAACUCAGGGCAGAUAAAAAAGGAGAUUACUAUGUAUUAAAUGGCAGCAAAUUUUGGAUAACAAAUGGUCCAGAUGCUGACGUGUUGGUUGUGUAUGCUAAAACAAAUUUUGAUGCUGAUAAACCACAGCAUGGCAUUACAGCAUUUCUUAUAGAAAAGGGAAUGGAUGGAUUCAGCACGGGUAUAAAGUUGGACAAACUAGGUAUGAGAGGUUCAAACACACAGAGUUGAUAUUUGAGGGCACUCAAAGUCACCAAUCACAUGCUGGGAAACAUUAACCGAGGUGUAUAUGUGUUGAUGAGUGGCCUAGAUAUAGAAAGGUGCAUUCUUGCAUCAGGACCUUUAGGAAUAAUGCAGGCAUGUUGUGAUGUGGCUUUCAAAUACGCACAUGAAAGAGAAUGCUUUGGUGAAAAAAUUGGACAUUUCCAGAUGAUCCAGGCAAAGUUAGCAGAUAUGUAUACAACAUUAAGUGCCAGUAGAUCAUAUGUAUAUAAUGUUGCUAGGUCACUAGAUCAAGGUCAUAUCAAUCCAAAUGACUGUGCUGGUGUGAUUCUCUACACUGCGGAGGCAGCUACUCAGAUGGCAUUGGAUGCUAUACAGAUCCUAGGUGGAAAUGGGUACAUCAACGACUAUCCAACUGGCAGGUUUUUACGUGAUGCCAAGCUGUAUGAGAUAGGAGCAGGGACCAGUGAAAUCAGAAGACUUGUUAUUGCUCGGGCAAUUAAUGCUUUCUAUAAAUAAACAAACAAAAAACAAGUUUGCAGUGCUGACAUGUGAUAAAAGUGCUAUUUGUGAAGUAACACAUCCUAAAAAUGUCUUGGGCAGUUGAAGCUGAAGAAAACAAAUUAGCAGUUCAAUUUUUUGUUUGUCAGAUAUGCCUCUGGCAACAAAGGAAUAUAGAAGCAAGUUCAUGUUUAAGUAUUAGUUAAAAUAUUACUGCCUGACUGUAUUUAAAAUUAUUUUGUAUUAAUAGAUGAAUAAUAUAUUUAUUUGGAGCAGGUUUCUCGAAACUGGUAACAUUUGAUACAGUAUAUGUGCUAUUAAAAAAAUAUAGCAAAAUCA